AUGGAAAUUUUCCAAUAAGCAUGUUUUUAAUAAGCUCAAGAAGGACGAAUCCAUCUGGGUUGCUUAUAUUUUUCUCCAUCGUCCGUUCCCCAUGUUGGACUCGGGAAAGAAAGAGAACGUAGUAAAAACUAAGAAAACAAACUAAUUCCACCUUCAAGAAGAAAUCCUUGCUUCUUUUGGAGCUGAAGUGAGGCCUAAAAAUUUGAUCUUUGCUUCGAAUCGGGGCAUCGGUUCAGGGUUUUCAGAGACGAAAUCGACGGAAGAAGAAGGGAAAUGAGAAGGCGGAGCAGGGAGUGUUAAUAAAAAGAGAAGCAAAAGAGAGAAAGAGGAAUUAAUCCUGUUUUUUUUUGCGGCUGGAAUAAAAGGGGAACUUUGGGGAAUAAAAAUGCCUCCUUUUCUGUCGAUGGUCGGCUCGUUGCCCUGCUGGGCGGCCCACGGCGUACCACCGCGGCCCCACCUCCCACGUCCGAUCCUAUCUUCUCGUCGGAUCCGACGGCUGUGAUCCGGUCUCGGAGGCGAAGCAUUCUGUUAUGACUGCCAUCCGUCAGUCACGGCGUUGGACACUUCUGGGAUCGCGUAUUAAAGCUCGAAUCCUUCGCCUGUUUCUCCCUCCCGUGGAACGAUCCCUUCGGCCUCUCCUUUCUAAGAACUGAAGAAGUCCUAUAUCUUUAGGUUGAAAGUUGCAUCUUUCUCAUACACAUUUCCAACCCAAAAUGGAUGGGUACAUGGGUAGGAAAACUGCUAUCGGUCUUGUUUUUUCUAGAGGAGGUUCGACCCUUGCUUUUAGAGAGCAAAAUUUUGAGGACAGAAGCAUUAAACAUUGUAAUCGAUUAGGAUGCAGCACUAGGCAUUACUCCAUGAAUGGUAUCCAAACUGGCAACCAAGAAAAGGUCAAAUAUUCAAGGGGUUCCUCCCACUCUGCGAACAGCAAAAUGACAAAUGGAAGCUCUUGUGAAUCAUCUCAUUCCUGUGAUUCUAGAAAGACUCGUCAGGAGAGACGUAGAUGCACAUCUUUGCAUGGGAGAGCUACUGCAGAAAGCAGCGAUAGGCGGAGGGAGAUUGAAGAUUUAGAUGAUGAAAACGGACGAUGGGAGAUAGAUAACUUGGAAUAUGAUGGCAGACACGGGGAGGCAGAAGAUUCUGAAUCCAUUCACAUAGCUCAAGGCAAUCAGAUUGUAUUUUCGGGUCCUGAUGAAGUUGAACUUGUAAAUCUUCAUGCAACUGGAGCACUGGGAAGCUGCAGCACCAGAUUGAGUUCAAAGGCGUGUAAGCAAGUCAGCCGACGGCACAGAUAUGGUGAUCAGGCAACCUCUUCAAGUUCCUCCACCAGGCAUUCUUUGACAUCCAGAAACACCAGCCAGGCUGCUAAGCAUGCUUCAGAAGGUGGGGGAGCUGAGUCAAAGAAGUCUGGUCUCAAACGUCUUAGUUGCACAUCGGUAUCAGAUGUCCUUCCAUCAGGUUGUUCCUCCGAUACUGGUCCUACCAGAAGGGUUAACACACUGAGAAAGGGAUCCUCGAAGGGAGGGAGUUUGUCAGCCAGAGGCAAAAGGAUGAGUGCAUCCUUGAGUGGGGCAAAUUCUGGUUCUCCAAGCAGAGGUUCUUCUGGCCUUGGCUUUUCUGUUCGAGAGCAUUUGACGCCUCAACAAGAUUUAAGAAGGACAGGUGCAGUCUCAAUAAGAACAUGCCAGGCUCCUAGUGGGGUGACUAGAACAAGGUUAUCAGAACAAAGAGAUUAUUCUCCUUCAACACUGGAGCCCGUAACAAUUGCUCAAAUGGCUCAGACUGAUUUGUCUGUACAAGAAGUUGUUCCUCGAUGUUUAUCAAGAUCAUCUCAUCCUGAAGAUAGCAGUACACAAAUGUUCAAUGUCCCUAUGGCAGAUAGAAAUGGCUAUCAGCACUACAACAUGGAAGGAAUUGCAGAGGUUUUGUUGGCACUGGAGAGGAUCGAACAGGAUGAAGAAUUAACUUUCGAGCAACUAUUGGUGCUAGGGACGAACUUGUUUUUGGAUGGCCUGAACUUCCGUGAUGAACAUAGAGACAUGAGGAUGGACAUCGAUAAUAUGUCAUAUGAGGAGCUGUUAGCCUUGGAGGAGAAAAUGGGCACUGUCAGUACAGCACUCCCAGAAGAAGCAUUAUCAAAAUGUCUUAAAAGAAGCAUAUAUAUGCCUGCUCGCACUGGCUGUGAGGAGGAUGUCAAAUGCAGCAUAUGCCAGGAAGAGUAUCUUGUCAGAGAUGAGGUGGGCAAGUUGACAUGCGAGCAUCGUUUCCAUGUAACCUGCAUCCAUCAAUGGCUUCGGCUGAAGAACUGGUGCCCUAUCUGCAAAGCCUCCGCAUGUCCGGUCUCCUGAAACCCUUGGAGCUUGCCCACUAAAACAAGGAAUACCUGUAUGUACACAGCUCUCUCCUGUGUCUGUAAAUAACAUUAUCUUUCACCGUUCUUAUGGAAUAAUGUGUAUGGAUCGUAGGGAUUUCUCCAAAUUAUUUUUUGGGUCCCAAUUAUCAACACAGAAUUCUGCAUUUUAUUUAAAAA